UCUCUCUCUCUUCUCUCUCUCUCUUAAUUUCAGUUGAGUUUAAUUUUUUAAUUUGGAUGAUUUUUCUGUUUUACUAAAAAAUGGCAGUAGAAAUGAUGCCAGGCUAUAACCUCACUUCAAAAAUGGAGGAAAAUGCCGCCCAAGAAGCCGCCGCCGCCGGCCUCCACAGCGUCGACAAGCUAAUCCGAUUACUCUCCCACUCCCACCACCACAAGUCCCGACAGCCCUCUUCCGCCGCCGCCGCCGAUUACCUCGCCGUGGCUGAUGUCGCCGUCGACAAAUUCAAGAAGUUCAUCUCCCUGCUCGACCGGACUCGGUCCGGCCACGCACGUUUCCGCCGCGGCCCGGUUCCGAAUCCGCAGCCGGUUAAGAUCGAACCGGUGCCGGAACCGGCGGUCCUGCCGUCAUCCCAACCUCCGAAAACCGAGGAAAGGGAUCCCGCGGCCGGUUCGAGGAUUUACUGCCCGACGCCGAUUCAGAGGCUGCCGCCUCUCCCCAACCACCACCACCAGCUAAUCAAACACGGCUCGAUCGAGCGGAAGGAGUCUUCCACAACGACGAUUAACUUCUCGUCGCCGGCGAAUUCUUUCAUUUCGUCGUUGACCGGAGACACCGAAAGCCAGCCGCCGUCGAUGUCGACGUCGGGAUUCCAGAUCACAAACCUCUCACAGAUUUCCUCCGCCAGCCGUCCGCCGCCGCCGUCGUUCAAGAGGAAGUGCAGCUCCUCCAUGGACGACGCCGCCGCCGCCAAAUGCGGCGGCGGGUCGUCGGCGAGCCGUUGCCAUUGUCCCAAGAAAAGGAAAUCGAGAUUAAAGAGAGUAGUGAGAGUGGCAGCAAUAAGCAUGAAGAUGGCUGACAUUCCACCUGAUGAUUACUCUUGGAGAAAGUACGGUCAAAAGCCCAUCAAGGGUUCACCUCAUCCUAGGGGUUAUUACAAAUGCAGCAGUGUAAGAGGGUGCCCGGCCCGAAAGCACGUGGAAAGGGCAUUGGAUGACCCGGCAAUGCUAAUAGUAACAUACGAAGGCGAACACAAUCAUGCUGCCCAGUCAAAUACUGAACCACCUUCUACUACCAUGCUUCUUGAAUCAUCUUAAUUUUUUUUUUAUUUUUUUUUUUUCAUCGAACGGCUUAGAUUCGCGACACGAAAAAAGUAUGAUCUCCACCGUCCGAUUGGUCAAAAGAUGGAUUUGUUGUUGUUGAUGAUGAUGAUGAUUCCCAUUUUCUGCAAUAUUGUAUUUAUUAUUUAUUUCA